GCGGGGGGGGGGCAUUACACCCCUAAAAUGAAUGACCUUCUCCGCCACCGUGAAGACGUCCUCCUGGGCCACAUUCUGGCCUCGUAUUGUUUCACUGGAUCUGAAGAAGACUGGAAACGCGGGAUAGAUGAGGCCAUUGAGGCAACUCGUCGAGCCUACAGUUUGCCAUCUGAAAAUGCAGAAGAGGAGGACGGUGGCAAGGAGGAAACUCGCGUGUGCGUGUAUAUUGACAAGAAGGCGUUUAAAAGUGCUCCGCGACAAGCUUUAGUACAGUAUUUGGAAUCCAGAGGGAUUCAGUGUGCCUUCAAGGAAAAUGACUUGAAUUGAAGUGAUGCGGCCUUUAGGAAACACCACAAAAGUAAUUGACA